UAGUCUAACCAGACACCUGUCAGUGUCCAAAACACGAACAUGAAUGUAGUUGUUUCGUUGAAUUUGAGAAGUAAACACAUCUGACAAGCAAAUGUCAACCUUUCAUAGGGAAAAUGAAGCCGCCAAAUUUAUUUUCCGAAGAUUUGAGGUUGGAUUAGAUAUAGAAAACUGUCCUGUGAUAGCUUGUAGUCGUAGGUAAUGCACUUGACCUAAACACUAGUUUGCUGUGUUAGCUAGUCAAGUGCCUCCAACUGUCGUUUUGUAAUGCUUUUGUGAAAGACGAUUUAGCAGCCGUCCUGUGAAACUAUGGUUGCUAAAAUGUGUUCUGCCACCAUGUCAAGUCCGCAGUUACUCCCCGGGUAUCAGGGGAGUACGGUCACCGAGACAGAUCGGGAUCUAGAGCGGGCAUGGCAACCAGCAGGGUCUCCUUCUCGCAAUACCGUCUGGAAGCGGAGAUCGACCGCUACAGAGCAGAGUGCCAGUGGGACAAGAUACCCCCUAUCGUAGAGCAACUAGUGGCCGCACGAUUUCACGAAGACGAUGACUACGGGACGCUGUUAUUGGCCGAGGCCCUUCUGGAGGAGUGUCUACAUGACAACCUGAGUCUUUUACGCAAUGCCACUCCUUUGACGGACAUCAACCAGCCCAAACUGUCCCGGUCCAAGGGCUACCUCAACUCCAUCCUGAGCAGGGGACGGCUGGUGCCCAGGCACCUGAACGAGGCUCUUCUCCUUAUGGCCAAAAUACACUAUGUCCAGGGCUGUUACCAUGACGCACAGGGCAUGUGUGCAAGGGUGGGUAUAGACGAGCUGACGGGGGAUGAGCAGCCCCUCUACCACCUGCGUCUGCUCGCAGAGGCCUUUGUCAUCAAAGGUCUGUCCCUGGACCACCAGGCAGUGUCAGCUGCCUCCCGUGUCCGUCUGUCUGAGAGAGAGGAGGAAUGUCUUUCCUGCUACCUGAGGGCCUGUGACACCUCUCUCGUUUACCUGCAAGAACUCGAUAAGCAGAUGGUGGUCAACCCUAGUUCUAAAGCAGCUAAGACCAGCUUGGCCCCUCCACCACUGGACAUUGACCUGGGCUUCUUCCAGCAGGCGGCUCUACAGAGUGCAUACCUGUGCCUGCUGCAUAGGGGGCACCUGGCCCAGGGAGCCCACCAGCUGCGCAGGGUCCUCAGGGUGGUGGAGUCUCGGGGCUCCCAGAGCUUCAGGAAGGCUGCAGCGCGGAAGCUGGCUGAGGUGUUGCUGAGCUCGGUGAGUGAGGACAGCUACUGGGCGCCCAUGUCUCUCCCACCCUCCGCCUGGCUGCAGAGAGAAGGGAACGCCGGCCCAAAGGAUGCCAUGUACCCCUCUCCCAAACAACCCCAACGCUACAGUACUGACAGCGUCUUCUGUCCCCAGGACGUGGUUGAGGAGGCUGUGCUCCUGCUGCUCAUCACAGAGUCUACGGCCAGCGGAGACGCAGUCAUCAGCCGAGCCCCCGACCAUAAGGAGGAGCGGGAGACCAGUUUGCAGGACGCCACCUCUGUCUACGACCUGCUGAGCAUCGGCAUGGCCAGGAGGGGGCAGUAUGCCAUGCUGUCUGAGUGUCUGGAGCGGGCCAUGAAGUUCUCAUUUAAUGAGUUCCACCUCUGGCACCAGUUGGGCUUGUCACUCAUGGCGUGUGGGAAGGGUGUGGGCGCCGUGUCUGUGCUCAAGGAGUGUGCCAGGAUGAGACCCGAAGACCCCUCACUGCCCAUGUUGGCCGCCAAAGUCUGCAUCGGCCAACUGCAUUGGCUGGAGGAGGCUGAGGCCCUGUCUCAGAGUGUGGUGUCCAUGGGAGAGGAGGCUGCAGAGUUCCUGUCCCGUGCGUACCUGACUGUGGGGCUGUGCUGCAGUCUGCAGGCCUCUGACGCCACUCUGAAAGCUGAUCGGGAUGGGUUCAACAGACGAGCACUGCAAAAUCUGCAUAAAGCCCAUGCAAUGGAUCCCCAUGAUGCUAAGAUUGCUCUCUACUUGUCUCUCCAGCUGGCUCUUGUACGCCAGGUGGCAGCUGCCAUGGAUCCCCUGCAGGUGGCUCUGUCUCUGCGAGGGGAUGACCUGCACUCCCUCCACCUACUGACCCUUCUGCUUAGUGCCCAGAAACACCACCAACACGCCCUCGAAACCCUCACACUAGCGCUCAGCCAACACCCUGAGAACUUCAAUCUGCUGUUCACUAAGGUGAAGCUGGAGGAGGCUCUGUAUGGGCCGGGCGUUGCACUCCAGACCUGCCAAGACAUGCUGCAGCUAUGGCAGAGCCGCUAUGACUUCACACGUACCAGUGAGGGGGAUGACAGCAGCAGUAUCCACCUACCAGAGCCACUUCCACUCAACCGCAAACCCAGCGGCCUCCACCUCACCCUGCCAGACUUCCAGGACAGUGAGACUGGUUCUCAGAGUGGUCCGUCCAUUGCUCUAUCUCGCCUGGAGCAGGCCAUGUCAGAGGUGUCAGCCGCCAGCUCCGCCCACAAACAGGGCCCCACCUACAUCUGGACCACCCUGGAGCGCAUCUGGCUGCAAGCAGGAGAGUUGUUCAUGGCAGAGGGGCGUGUGAAGGAGGCCCAGUUCUGUGUGCAGGAGGCAGCUGUGCUCUUCCCCAACUCCCACUCCGUGCUGCUGCUAAGGGGCCGGCUGGCCGAGCUCAAAGGGAACCAGGACGAGGCCAAGGGUUUGUACGAUGAAGCCCUGGCCAUCCACCCCAAUGGACACCGCAUACUGCUGCACCUGGGCCAGUUGUUGGUGCGGUGCGGGCGUGUGGGUCUGGGGGAGAAGGUGCUGCGGGAUGCGGUGCAGGCCCAGAGCACGUCCCACGAGGCGUGGAGCGGCCUGGGGGAGGCCCUGCAGUCACAGGGCAGCAGCCAGGCUCCAGACUGCUUCCUCACAGCCCUGGAGCUGGAGUCCUCCUGCCCCAUCAGGCCCUUCACCAUCAUACCCCGCGAGCUGUGAGGAGCAGACAGAGGGUACUACUGUAUUGCACACUCACAUACAUAUACACACACAGACACACACACAUGCGUAUGAUCAUUUACACGUACAAAUUGGUGCAAUAUAUCUUCUCUUGCCCUUUUCACUCUUUUUGCUCUCUCUCUCGCUCUCCUCCCUUCCCCCUCUCCAUUUUAUCUACUCUCUUUAUCUAUGUCUAUGCACUCAUAAUAAUCGCUCACAUGCAUUCAUGGACAAGUCAAGUGUUUCGUGACACUGUUAUACAGACCGUAUACACCCACUACACUGUUAUACAGACCGUAUACACCCACUACACUGUUAUACAGACCGUAUACACCCACUACACUGUUAUACAGACCGUAUACACCCACUACACUGUUAUACAGACUGUAUACACCCACUACACUGUUAUACAGACCGUAAACACCCACUACACUGUUAUACAGACCGUAUACACCCACUACACUGUUAUACAGACCGUAUACAUCCACUACACUGUUAUACAGACCGUAUACACCCACUACACUGUUAUACAGACCGUAUACACCCACUACAUUGUUAUACAGACCGUAUACACCCACUACACUGUUAUACAGACCGUAUACAUCCACUACAUUGUUAUACAGACCGUAUACACCCACUACACUGUUAUACAGACCGUAAACAUCCACUGCAUUGUUAUACAGACUGUAUACACCCACUACACUGUUAUACAGACCGUAAACAUCCACUGCAUUGUUAUACAGACCGUAUACACCCACUACACUGUUAUACAGACCGUAAACAUCCACUGCAUUGUUAUACAGACUGUAUACACCCACUACAUUGUUAUACAGACCGUAUACAUCCACUCUCAGGGAUCAUUCCUAUAGUAUCAUUACAUUUUCUUCUCAUUGACUGAGACCCUUCAGCCUGUGUAUGUAACUGACAUAAUCCAUUAUGUUCAAAUCACUGUUUGUUUGCAUUGUACAUUUCUGUAUUAUUAAUAUUAUGAUUCAUUGUGUGUGUUGUUUUAAAAUCAUUUGUCCUUCUUUGUCCUCAUAAACAAUGACUUAAAUCA